CCUGUCCCUGGUCCUGGACAUUCGUGCUUCCUACACUGCCAUGCACUCGGCGCCGGGGCACGGCGGCGGCAGCCGCUUUCCCCUCACCAGCACCAUGGCGGGAGGGCUCUGCUCGCCUCAGCCCCCGCGCUCCGCGGCAGCUCCGAGGCAAACCGCCAGCGGUGCGAGGCCCAGAGCGCGCUGGCGGCGGCAGCCGGAGGGCAGAGCGAGGCCGGGCGGCUCUCCCCGCCCCCGGCGCUCAGUCCUGGCCCGGUGUUCCCCCCGGCCCGCUGCCGGCGGGGAAGGGCAUGGAGUUGGCGGGACUCUAUAAAAAGCCGCCGUGAGACGAGGCCACCGUCCUGCCAGAGCCGCCGGGAGAGGCUGAGGCGCGGCGCCGGGAGCGGCACCGGUAUCAUGAUCAACCCCAACUACUACCCGUGGGGCUACGACAGCGACAACGGACCAGAUCAGUGGCACAAAAAUUACCCAAUUGCCAAAGGACGCCAUCAGUCACCUAUUGAAAUCAAUAACAAAGAAGUGCAUUACGAUCGCUCCCUACUACCGUGGUUUGCUAGUUAUGAUCCUGGUUCAGCUAAGACCAUCCUCAAUAACGGGAAAACUUGCAGAGUUGUAUUUGACGAUUCAUUUGACAGAUCAGAGCAGAAACAGGAAGAGAAAGCCAACAUCUCCAGUAUUGAGAAAUUAUCAAUUGCAGUGCUGAGAGGUGGGCCACUUCCAGGAGUUUACAGGCUGCGUCAGCUUCACUUUCAUUGGGGUUCAUCUGAUGACCAUGGCUCUGAGCAUGUUGUGAAUGGAGUUAGAUAUGCAGGAGAGAUGCAUUUGUUACACUGGAAUCCCAAAUACAGUAAUUACCUUGAUGCUGUGAGAAGAACUGAUGGAAUAGCUGUUUUGGCCAUAUUUUUGCAAGUAGGGAAAACUCCCAAACCAGAGAUGAAGAGAAUUCUUGAAGAAAUAAAUGCUAUCAAAACAAAGGGGAAAAAAGCUCCUUUUCCAAACUUCGAUCCUUCAAUUCUUUUCCCUAAAUCUCAUGACUACUGGACAUACCAUGGGUCUUUCACUACACCACCCUGCGAAGAGUGCAUCACCUGGAUUGUCCUCAGAGAGCCUAUCGUAGUCAGUUCAGACCAGAUGGCAAAGCUUCGCAGCCUAUCCAAGAAUGCUGAGAAUGAACCCGAUCUGCCUCUGGUUGAUAACUGGCGCCCAACUCAGCCUCGGUAUUUCAGGAUGGUGAGCGCAUCAUUCCUCUAGGACCUGGCCCAAGUUGGGUGUCUCUGAGGGGGGUGAUCUCUAGAACCAAGACAUGGUUUGGUUUUGUGUCCUCUAAUGCAUUUAGACAGAGAACCCCAGCUGUAGGUUUGGAAGCUGAAACUUUGAGCAGUGAAUUUUCAUGUCCAGAUGAAGUAGACGGUCUGUUUGGCUCCUCCUAACUGCUUUAACAUUAGGCUUGGUUAAUAGUACAAAUGACUAAAGAAGAUGCUACUAAUAACUACAAAACUAUUUCUUACUGCCUACAUGUCCCUUGGUGCUUAGCUUAUUCCAUAUUAAAGAUGUGGCAGUUAAGUAAUUGUUUCCAGCAUAAAAUCAUGUUGUACUGUAGUUGUUUUCAGCGUUGUCCAUAUCCUGCUCUGAGCUGCACCAUUUGAUGGCCAAGGCAUUCUUGGAAAUUAAUGAGAGCACUCUUUUUGUAUCUGAUGGAAGGAUAAAAACUCACUUCAUAACCUUUGAUAAAGAACUGAGCUUUUAACUUCUUAAAACAAUGGCCAGGUGAAACAGGUGUGCUUUGGGAAACUACAUUCACCAGGUGGUGAAGAGUUAAAACUAAGGAAUGAGGGAAGAGCUGUUCUUGUGACAAGUCGUUGUCCAUAUUAAUAGAUUUAAGUUACAUUUUAAUACUGUAGCAGUCAAACUGGCAUGGCUUUUCAAAACAUGUGUCUUUGUAUUCUGAAUAUAUAUUUUAUCUCUGUAUGUAAGUGACUUUUCUGUGUAAAAAGGGUAUUAAGAUAGCAAGAAUUCUUAAUUUUUAGUGGGUUUUUGAAGCAUAUUCUCACUUUGUGUGCAAAUAUAGUUAAUUCUGCUGUCAGAUUCAUGCAUAACUAUCUGAAAGCAUAGUUUGACUUUUCUGAUCAGUGUGUUCUUAUCUCUUGUUUUGGCAUAAAAACCAAUAAACCAGGAUUGUAAACUUACCCUUAAAAUAACACUAUUAUUGCAUUUAAAAAUCCAGCUAUAAUAAAUAGACUUAAGAGUG